AUGAAUUGGUUUAGAUCUAAAGCCAACUCCAAUUCGGAAACUACUCCAUUGACACAAAAAUCCCAUCAACCAUUGAAUUUGGCCAAUACAAAAGAUUUGGAUCCUAAUAAUUUAAACCCUCAAGAAACUGAUAUUAAUCAUACUUUGAAUCAAAUAGUCGACAAGAAUAAUUUAGUUAUAGGAGAACUCAAAUCAACAUCAACAAAUGAAAUGAAUGAAUCAGUUACGAAAUUCGUGUCUCGUAAGCCAACUAAUUUGUUCGUUAUUGAUGGUGAAAAAGACGUUGAUACCAGUAUUAUUUGUACUGAAGAUGGUAAUGGAGGCAAAACGUGUUUAAAAUUGCAAUAUAAUUCCAUACAAUUAUUCAAACAAAUGCAGAAAUUGGAGUAUUUCUGUUCAUUACCUGAUGAUAUUAAUGCUACUUAUUUUGAAUGUAGAAAGAUUCAAUAG